AUGCUGUACGACAGCGACAUUUAUCCUGAGACCUUUAACCCCGAAAGGUUUUUGCCAGAAAAUGAGAAAGACCUGAAGCCAUUCACUUAUAUGCCAUUUGGAGAGGGGCCGAGGAGCUGUAUAGAUUAUCUAAUCAAAUGUAUAUUUCAGCAGAGGUUCGCUCAAAUAUCAGUGAGAAACGCUAUGUCAUACUUAGUACUAAAUUUCAAGUUUAAACCACUGCCGGGAGCACCGAAGCCUUCAGAAGUGAAAUACGAAAAUAAACAUCUCUUUUUGGUACCUGGAGAGAGCCUCUUUAUUGAUUUUGAACCAAGAAAUGUAUCUUUCAGUUUAUAA